AUGCUCCUGCUUCUCUUGAAGGAUGACAACGAUGCUUUUUCUUCAUUUUUGAGAAUGAUUGGGAAUUUGGUGGGACUUUUGUUGACACUCUUUGAGUCCCCUGCUUAUGAGGAUGCCCUUCAAACAUGGGUAAAGAAGGUCCCAAGGAAGUCUUCUGCCGAGGUCACAAGAGUCUACAACCUCUGCCAAUUCAAGGUGAUGCCCUUCAAAGUUCUGGUUACAGCCCAUAACCUUUUCAAGUUUGGGCUUGGCCCUACCCCUGCUGUUGUUCCUACUAUCAUUUUUGCCCUAGUAGCUGAGGACGUUCUAAGAGCCUCCAACAUCCAAAAUGGAGGAGGAAAUGAAGGUGCUUCUUCCUUUAGAAAAAGGCUUCAAUGGUCAUCGUCCAACCACCGGGGUGGAGUACCUAUGGGAGACACAAGUCAACCAGCAACUCAUUACAAUAAUGUUGCAACAAACACACAAAAGAGAGAAAGGAAAAGAUGA